AUGUUUUACGACUUUAUGCCUUAAGUUCUAAAGAAAUAGUUUCCUUUGAUUUUAGCAUUCUUAAUCCUACUCAUUUACUUAACUUUUGUUUACUUUGUUUUUGUGUAAAUUUCAAAAAGUAAUCGACAACAAUAUCAUUAGAAACUUUAAUAGAAUGGGUUAUUUUUUAUAUGGGUACUUUUAGUGUUUAUAUGAUAUUCUGGUCACUAUAUAAAGCUUCAACUAUUGAGCCAGGGUUCAUUCCUAAAAAUACAAUGGUAGAACACGAUGAAACAUAACCAUAAAAUUAUUGUUUGUCAUGUAGAAUAAGGAGACCAGAGAGAUCUCACCAUUGUUCUAAAUGUUAAAGAUGUAUUCUAAAUAUGGAUCAUCAUUGUAUUUGGACUUCAAAUUGUAUUGGUUUAUACAAUAGGAAAUAUUUCAUACUCAUUCUAUUUUGGGGUUCUUUAGGAAUGUUUUUAGCAUCAAUAUUUGGAUUAAUCAAUUUAUCUGCUCUUUGGAAUAAAAUUUGGGAGUAUGACUCUUUAGAUUUCAAUAAAGUCUGGGCAGGUUUCAUAUUUUUUAUAGUAUUUUCGUAAUUCUUCAAUUCAUUUGGAUUAUAUUAUUUUUUUUGGAUUAAUUUCAAAUUAAUAAUAAUCAAUAUUGGCACGCUUGAUUAAUUAAUAUUGGAAAUCGAAGCCCAAUCUAAACGAAAAUAUGUAUUAUUCUAAUCAUAUUAUAGAGUCGUAAUGAUUUAACAGUAUAUGAUUUAGGAUUUUGGUACAACUUUUAAUUUUAUUUUGGAAAAAAUCCAUUUCUUUGGUUGAUACCAGUAGGAAUACCUUUAGGAGAUGGAUAUCAUUGGGAUAAAAAAGUAAGCUCGAGGGAGAUGUCAGGAAAAGAUUUAAAUAUUAUGGAAUGAAAAUUAAUAUGUUUAUUGGGAAGC